UUUUAAUUUUUAUAAUUUUUUUAAUUUUUAUAAUUUCAAGAAAAUUGUAAUAAUUUAAAAAUCUUCAAGAUUAUUUUAAAAAAUAUCUGAUAAUUUAAAAGAAUAUCUGAUAAUUUAAAAGAAUAUCUGAUAAUUUGUAAAAUUUAAUAACAAUUUAUAGAAUUUUAUAAUAAUUUGUAAAGUUUAAUAAUAAUUUGUAAAAAUGUCAGAGAGGAAGGUGUUGAAUAAGUAUAUACCACCGGAUUUUGACCCGGAUGCUUUAUUGCGUCAUAAGAAGGUGUUAAAGGCGGAUUUAUUUGGCAAGAAGGAAAGUCCAUUGGCACUGAAGUUGAAAUACGGAAAUUCUAAGCUAAUGAACAUUCGGAUGAUGUUUCCAUUUACAUUUCGCUGUGAGAGUUGCCGUGAUUUCACUUAUGUUGGUACAAAAUUCAAUUCACGUGUCCAGAGACUUGAUAAUGAUACUUAUUUGGGCAUUGUAAAGUGGCGUUUCUUCGGCAAAUGCCCAAACUGUAAACAUGAAAUCGUGUUCAAAACUGAUCCUAAAAAUGGUGACUACACCCUGGAAUCUGGCGGGACCAGAACCUACGACGCAAAUAGAGACGCCAAACUGGCCACUGAAGAAUUAGAUAAACUACAAGAUGAGAAAAAUGAGUUGAUGGGAACGACGGAGAAGAUGAGUGAGAAGGCAGACCAUGCAUUUGCUGAAUAUGAGGAAUUGGAACGUUUAACGGCUUUGAAACGUCGUGCGGGAAGGAUGCGAGAACGUGAAUCCCUAGCAGAGCAAACACUACAAUCACUACAGAGUAAAAAACUAGAAUUUGAACAAGUAAAUGAAGAUGAAAUUAAUUUAUUCAAACAACAACAAAAUGAAAUUUUUAACCAAUAUCUACAACCCGAACUAGUUGACACUGAUGAUCAAUAUGAUAGUGCUGGGAAUGAGGAUACUUGUGUUAAUUCUGUGGACACUGUGAAUACUGUGGACACUGUGAAUACUGUAGAAAAUGUGAAGAGUGGGUUAAGAGUGGAGAUAAAGAGUAAAGAGAAGAAUAGUUUAAUAUCAAAUGAUUAUGACAGUGAUGCCGAUUAAAUCUUUGUACUAUA